AUGUCUCAGAAAAAUACAAAUAUUUCAACAUCACCAAAUAAAGAAAUGAUCCAGAUUGAUUCCGAUCUUUUUCAACAAUUACUACUUGAAACAAUUAAUAAUACUAAUGUUAAUAAUAAAGUUCAAAGUAGAAUUAAUAUGGAUGCUAAAGCUUUAUAUAAACAGCAUUAUGGAGAAUUAUCAAUUCAGGAAAAAUAUUCCUAUGAUCUUAGUAAAGCACAAUUAAAAGCAAGUAGUAGAACAAGUGCUUUACUAGCAGGUUUUGCAAUGGUAGCAUUAGUUGAGCUUCAAUAUACAGAACAAACACCUAGACCUCUUUUAAUAAUAUUAGCAGUUGUAACAACUUUACUUGUAUCUGUCCAUUUACUUGCCUUAAUGAUGUCAACAUGUUUACUUCCGUAUAUUGAAGCAAAUGGUUGUACAAAAGAUUCGCCUCAUAGACGACUACAUUUUUAUGUUGAAUUAUCGUGGCUUUUUUCAACGUGUAUUGGUCUUUUAUUAUUUCUUGUAGAAAUUGGGGUAAUAUUUUUUGUAAAAUUUGAUGCCGUUAAUUACCUACCUGCAGCUUAUAUUACAACAAUGAUGUUGGCACCAGUUCUAAUUUUGUUUCUAGUUUUUUCUUAUUUAAUACAUAAAAAUAGAAUGAGAUAUUCAAUGGAGAGAGCACAUUCAAAAAUGGAUGGUAUUGAAAAAUAUGUUAACAGUGUAGAAAAUGAUCCUUUUGAAAGAGAUAUACUAGUAGAUAAUCCUUCACAAAAUUUUGAUAAGAAAGAUUAUGGCUUAAGUAAUAGUUCAUCUAUUCAUGAUUUUCAAAGUUUUUCACCAGUAAAUGUAAACAACAAAUUAAAUGAGUCUAAAGAUACUAAAGAUAUUCACAUUGUUUAA